GGCGCCAGAGCCCAGAGGGUAAAAUUUUCUGGCGGAUUCCGAAAUUAGAAACUCAACUGAUUCGAUCACUACUCACCUGAGAGAUCGAUCAAUGGCGAACAGGCUUAGGAAGAUGUCUAGAGAAAGAUGUCUAGAGAAGAUGGCUAGAGCCACUGCGGCCGACAGGCCGCCAUUUUCUUACAUCACCCAUUUCACAAUAACUACCGCGUCCGACCGACCAAUCACCCACUUCACAAUAACUACUGACCGCUCCUCCUCGUCCGACAGACCAAUCACCUCCUCGGCCGAGACCAGUGUAGGCUCCUCCAUAUCCGUCCAUACUAAAGCUCAGCUUCUCAGUCCAUCCCAUUCUCCCCACAGCACUUCAGAUAUGCAAAUGUAUAUAAGUGGGAGGUAAUAUGUGGUUAUGCUCAGAGCAAAUAGGCUUUGUUGUGGUCUUGUGGAUAUGCAAUUCUGUGUAUUGCAUGGAUUAUCAAAGGAUUUGUGAACGAAUAAAAUUUUUUAUUGUUCAGAAAAUUGUAUUUCUAUCUUUUUUUCCAGCUAUGUCAGAAGAGUCGGCAUCAUCCACGACUAAUUCCAAUAAAAAAUAUGCCAAGAAGAGGCGUUCAGGGAAGCUGUCUUGUACAGAAGAUUCUUCGUUUGAAGAUUUUGUGAAGAAACAAAAGGCUUAUUUCAAAGAGGUUGAUGAGUUCGAGCUGCAAGUGGAGGAAGCAUCUGACUUAUCUAUCUUAAUAUAAAUAUAUAUAGGCAAAAGAAAUGCGGAGUAUAUAAUAGCAAAAGAAGUACGGAGUAUAUAAUAGCAAAAAAAAUGGUGAAAAGAUUCGGUUGAAUUGGAAAACGAAAAGUAAAUUGUAAAUACGGAGUAGUACAUAUCUUUUCUAUUAGAUAAUGGUGUAAAGAUUUAAAUGUAAACACCAUUAUUCAUGGGCUUUUGAAUUUCGUCAGAACAAUUUUUUUUUGUUCCCACGGCUGAGCGGAGUACAUAUAUGAACAUCGUAAUUUAAGUGUUAAGAUUUAGUAUCUUUUUGAGUGUUUUUGCUCUUUCUGUA